AUGGCGGCCGUGGACAGUUCCCACGUUCGGCCCAUCUCCACUGCAUCCGUUCCAAUGUCCUCCUACCCUUCCUCCACAUCUCCCAAAAGAGUCUAUAGAGAAAUGCGUAUGGGAGGAUACGUCUUGGGCUCUACCCUUGGCGAAGGUGAAUUUGGCAAGGUCAAGUUGGGCUGGCGUACCGACGGAAGGCAUCCUUCUCAGGUUGCUGUUAAGCUUAUUCGCCGUGACUCUCUUAGAAAGAGCACGGAAUCGGAAAUCAAGGUCUACAGAGAAAUCAACUCCAUGCGCCAACUUCACCACCCCCACAUUGUCAGUCUUGUGGAAGUCGUCAAAAGCUCUAGAUAUAUCGGUAUUGCGCUUGAAUACGCCCCUGGUGGUGAAUUGUUUGACUACAUCUUGCAACAUAAACAUCUCAAGGAAGAUUUCGCCAGAAAACUUUUCGCCCAGCUCGUCAGCGGCGUUGAUUACAUGCAUUCGAAGGGCUUCGUCCAUCGUGACCUUAAGUUGGAGAACUUAUUGCUAGACAAACACAGAAACAUCAUCAUCUCCGACUUUGGUUUCGUCAAUUCCUUCAGUGACAGACGCGGUGAUUUCAUGAAGACCUCGUGUGGUUCACCUUGCUACGCAGCCCCAGAAUUAGUCUUAUCCCAGUCACCUUAUGAAGGCCGCAAAGUAGACAUUUGGUCAAUGGGUAUCAUCUUGUACGCCAUGCUUGCCGGUUACCUCCCUUAUGAUGAUGACGCUGAAAACGAAGAUGGCACAGACAUUACCCGCUUGUACAGAUAUAUCGAGAGGACUCCGCUCACUUUCCCAGAGUACAUCACUCCCUUGGCUAGAGACUUGAUCAGAAGAACCAUCGUUUCCAACCCGCAUAAGAGAAUCACCAUGGAACAGAUGCGCAAGCAUUCAUGGUUGGCUCGUCACGCCGACUUGUUAUCCAUUGGCCAGGCUGAAUGGGACGAGCUCAGCAACAAGAAGAUGGAGAUUCCUAUUGAUACCACCCAAAAGAGAAAUAAGCGUUACACGAUGUACGCAGAGAAUACCAACUCCUCGGCAUUGAUCUUGGGCUCUUCGAGACAAACUCAAGGCAGAUCUUACACUUCAAACUCCAACAUCAUUUAUUCUCCUCCUACUACAUCCUCAUCAUUAGCUAAUAUUGUUGCAUUACCAAACGCCAAUGACGGUGCCUCUGUUCCUAACGGUGCUCCUACCACCAGAAGUCGUGCCGGUAGCCUUGGUGCCAAAGAAGAUACAUCCCCAACUAAAGCUGCAUUCCAAAAGGGUCACUCGAAAUCUGCAUCUGUCUCGGGUACUUACCCUACCGCAAGUCUUGCUCUACAGGCUAUGGUCAAUGAUAGAGAAGCAAAGAGGGCGUCCUUGGUUUUCGAUGCCGAUCAAAGCAUAAUGAGUAAUGAAUUUCCAUCGCCAACCAGAGGAACCACCUACAGCGGAGCUAUUCCUACAAUUGCAGAGAGUCCCACCAAUAACGAAUUCCCUCAUGCUAAUGACAAGCUUUCGGAUGUUAAGGCAAUGCAUAGACUACCACACUCGGAAAAGAAACCAAGGCCUACUUCUUACCAUCCCGGUCUGAUGUCAUCCUCGAUCAUGUCUGGAAGCAACAUAUCUGGUAAUCUACUUGAUUAUGUGAAGAUGGGUAUGCCUCAGUUCUUAUCGAGCUCGCCUCCAAAGGCUACAACUUCUGAAACAGUCGAGACUUUCCAAGGAAGCCCCGGACUGAACCAUUCGAUUAGACCACGGGGCUCGAGACGUGAUUCUGUUGUCACACCAAUCAAUGUUAAUGGAGUACUCACGAAGGACCUAAACUCUCAUGAAAAUAAGAGAAACUCGGUGCUUAGUUACCUUGAAGACAAGAUGGAGCAACUCGAACUCAGUGAGCUGCCAACGAAAUCAAACUUCUCCGAGAAUGGUCAUAAAUUUUCAUCGUCACUGAUUCCAAAGCUUGAUACUGAUAUUGUGCCAUCACAUGAAACCCCUCAAAUAAACCAACUGCCCACAUUUGAUGUUCAAACAGACUCGCCAGUCACUAGAGACGUCGACUCUCCAAAGGUUGAAGAAAGACGUAUUAAUGGUGAAGUACAAACAAUCAGUGAAGAUCAAAAUGGAACCAGCAGAGACGUGGUUAAUGACGAGAAUGCAAUUCCUACAAAAGAGCAUAACGAUCGUGCUCGGGAUCGGGUUGAUGUCGCUAGAAGAAGAGACGUACAAGAGUCCAAUGCAGCAAAGGAAGCCAAGAAAAAGAAUAGAUUCAGUUUAAUGUCGUUCUACAGCUCCUUCAAUGAUUCUUCAGCACAGCUUGAUCAAAGGCCCGACACGCCUACAAAUAACGGUCGCCGAAUUCUAGAACCAUUGAAUGAUUCAAACGUUAACAAUCAUUCUAACGGUAACAAAGACAAGCGGAUUGGAUCCGGUUCAUCAGGCAAAUCAAGCCAUUCUAAACGAUCCUCAGUGGGCCCUGGAACCUAUGUUAGAGGCAAGGAAGCCAGCGCAGCCCGUAAGGUGAUGAACUUCUUCAAGAGAAGAAGCGUCCGUGCCAACUAA